AUGGAAAACGAUCAACAAACACCAUACUCGAGAGAUGAAGUUAAGGAAGAGAUGAAGAACCGUUUAGAACCAGUUGUGAUUGAUCCGAAUCAAGAUUUAUCUGAUUCAUGUUGUGGUAUUUGUUCUAAGACUGCAUAUGAUUUUAAUGAGGAGGAUUAUGAUGAGGGUGAAGGAGAGGGUGAGUACAAGGAUGAAGGUGAGGGAAAGGGUGAGGGUGCGGUCGAGGACGAGAGUGUUGUCGAGGGAGAGGCUGAUCAGGGAGAAGGUGAAGGUGAAGGUGAGGUUGAAAAUGUUGAAGAUGAAGAUGCUGUUGAAGAUGUUGAAGGUGUGGGUGAGGGUGUGAGUGAUGGCGAAGUUGAAUAUGUUGAAGAUGAAGAUGAUGAUCAUCGUUUUAUCUCUACGCCCUUUUGUUCUCACAAGUUUUGUAAAAGUUGUUGGAGAGAGUAUCUGGAGAAAAAUUUCUACUCUCUAAAAGAAAAUCUAACCAUAAUCUCAUGUCCUAACCAAGAUUGUAGAGCUGCGGUAGAAAAACAAACGAUUGAGAAACUAGGCGUACAUGAUAUAGAGAUGUACGAGAAUUAUGUUAUGAAAUCUUAUCUCGAGAUCAAACAACUUCAUGUACCGAAGUACAAUUACGACACUGACCAUAUAUGA